AUGCUGCAAACUACAACUACCGCAACUAAAGCUGGUGAGACUACCACUUUGCCGCGUAUAUCUGCUGCCGUGAAAGAGGAGGGCCCCACAAGUGCUAAAGGAUCUAGAACCACGUCAAAGGCCUUAGACAAGCCCAAGCGGCAUCGAAAUAGGACUCCCAAAAGUUGCAUACAGUGUUCAAAACGAAAAAUAUUCUGUUCAAAGGAGAGACCAGCGUGUAGCAAUUGUGUUAAAUACUUUGUGGGCCAUUUAUGUUCAUACGCUUUGCCACCAUGGGCCGAAACCAAUAAAAAAAAUGGCUCAGCGUCAUCUCCAGAAACUAAUAAAUCAUCAAACGACAAUAACAAUAAUGGAAAUGAAGAGACCCUUCGGCAACAACUUAAUCAGCAGCAGCAGCAGCAGCAGCUACUGCCGCUGCAACUGAAACUAUUGCCUCCUGUGAAAAUACUACAAACAGAGGAAUAUAGAACUCUAAAAGCAAACAAUGAAAAGAUUAUUCAAUCACAGCGAAAUGAGAUAGACGACUUAAAACGACAGUUAUCUGUAUUACAACAAUUUUCACCUAGAGAAACUUCUAAUGGCAAACAUCAUCAAGUAGUGCCAUCUCAAGUUGGUUGCACCCAUAUAACCGUGCUUAAUAAGAUAUGUCCUUUGACAACAAAUUAUUCAGCUCAUAGAAUUGAGGUGGUCGAUGAUUAUCGUAUAAAUUUAAUCCCUAACUCCACAUCUUCCUCAAAGUCUAUAUAUGUUGACACUUAUUCUUGGAUAAAUUUGAUAAAACUAGAUCCGCAGCUAACCACACUUUGGUAUAGAAUCACCAAUUUACAAAAGAUGUAUCAUGUGUAUAAGAUGAAUAUCUUGAAAGAGAACCAACAGCAACCAAUUGAGAAAAAGAAAACAAACAACAACAACAACAACAACAACAACAACAACAACAACAACAACAGCAACGACAGUAACGACAGUAACAAUAACAAUAACGAUAAAAAGAAAUCAAAUUAUAGAAUCAACGAAAUCGACUUUACAUAUUCACUACAGCCUCCAUCGCGCAACUUUGACGAUUUGCAAACAGGACAACAAGUGACACUGGUCACAACAUCAGAACGUCAUAGAUGCCCCGUUGUUGAAUGCGAUUUUAACUUUAUGACUGAUGAACUACAAUUUUCAAGCCCAAGCCCUUACAAAAUGACACUCCGUUUUGAUGUACCAUCCAACUCUGAUAAAUUACAACAACAACGACAACAACAACAACAACAAUUUGUCAAGUCGGGAAAAAAAGACCAAAGAUUUAUCAUAAACAAAUCUGUGAAUGUGUAUAAUAAACUUAUCACCUUAUGGGAAGCAUUAUUGACAGUUGGUAGAGGAGAAAGUAAACUAAAGUUUCAACAAAUCCAUUUCCUUUUAGAAUACUACUACAAAAGCAAUAUUGAAAGUAAAAACAUUUUAUCAUUUUAUAAGUUCGAUAUCCAAUCUGUUCUCAAAAAGGGAUUGGAUGACGAAGUUGGAUUGAAUUUGCCUCAGGGAGUUGAAGAAGAUAUUAGGUUCCAGCUAAAAUCUACAGGGAUUUUCUUAUCCAUGUUGGUUUUGAUUGUAGAGGAAUCGUUGAAUGAAGUUAAGCAGAUUGUUAGAAGCGGCACUGAUGAGGAUCUAUGUGUACAAUUUGGGAAACUUUUCCCCCAUGAAGUUGCAUUACUUAGAUUAGGUCCAAAACAGACCAAUCUAUUAUCCAUGGUUCAAGAUCUCCUUGCUAGUUACGAUCCAGAGACGGAAAAAUCCCUAUCUUAUUGUGCCGUUGUUAUCAGUUUGUUGAACCGAAAAAUCGAUGAUUACAAAAAACCCGGCUCAAGUAUAUCUGAUACCAAAACUUCGUUUACUUUGUUUUUUACUAAUUUCCUUCAUAUUCUACUAGAUGAACCCCUGCCCAUGGAGCUUUGGAAAGAUCCCGAACUAGUUGAGUUUAAAGUACAACAUAGGAAACGCAAGAAUAAUUUAAAGUUGCAUUUUUGUUACCUUUGGACAAACAUCGUUAGGUUGAGUAACCUAGUUACUUUAAAUUUUGUUCCGCUUGUGAAGCACUCUGAAUACUUGGAUAAUCUACUCAAGAGAAUGUAUCAGAGAAUUGAACAAGUUGAUCUGUUGCAGUACCACUUGAAGUUCCUUAGUAACAGGAAUGAAAAUGAUUUGGUAAUUACUUUGCAUGUGCACUAUUUGAUUGCUAAUAUAUCUUGUACCUUGUGUCAUGGAAUAAUGAAUAUGGGUUCCAAUAGACUAACCAUUGACCGAUUGGAAAAUUUGAUUAAGCAAUGCCAGACUUGGAUUCAGGAUUUUGGCAUACAAAGACUAACCAGUGAAGUUCGGAAAUUUGAAAUAUUGGUCAUACUUGGUUACUUGCGGUAUUUUAUGACAUACCUUAUAAUGUUACAAAGCGAAGAAAAUGCCGACUCUACAAUAAUGCAGGGGUUAGUAGUGCCUGAGAUUUUGCUUCGCUUGCGACAGUUGAUUCAACAUUUCAACAAUUUGAGUUUUGGUGAACAUCGUGAGCACUCCCAAUAUGUUUACCUGGUGAUUACAGAGGUAUUGACUAGGCUGAUUCAAUUUGUGGUUGGUUUGAUUUUAAGGGUGAAGGAUAAUAUGUCACAUCAGUCAUCAUCACAAGCCCCAAGUCUCUUAAUGCAGAACUGUGAUAAAAUAAUGACAUUUGAAUGGGGCAUGGUUACACCAACGGAGUUUAUGAAUCGAUUUACCCAGGAAGUGAAUUCAGUAGUGACAGCAUUAAGUAAAGUAUUGGUGAACAAGGAGCGCGUUUCUAAGUUGACUAAAUUGUGGAAGCUAUACUUGACAUUGACAAAGAAUAUCAACUAUGCCAAGUUGCAUGCUGGGUUGCCUAAUUUUAGUACCGGCGGCACUCAUAAUGGUGUACCUACUGGCAUUCCAUCAAGUUGUCCGGUAUUGAAUCAUGAAGACAUGCCUUCUCAGCCGUCACUGUAUUCAACAACCCCCCAAACUGCGACUUGUCCAAUAAGCGCUCAUAAUAACUUACCCCUUUCAUCUACUGCGAUGCAGGCGCUGAUGUCUGCAAUGCCUCUGAACAUGGCGAGGAAAAAGUUUACAAAAUGUCCAAUUUCCCAUAUCACAACUCCGAUGCAAGAAGAAGAAGAUGAUGACGAUGAUGAUGAUGAUGGAGUUGAAGAUGCUAGUGGUGAUGUUGAUGAAGAUGAUGUGCGGAUUAAGUUUUCCAAUUUUGCACCACCUCCAUUGCAACCGCAAUUUACCAGUUCCAAUAAACAAUCUAGCGUAUCUUCAUCUGUAUCAUCUCCAGGACCAGUGACUAAAAAACAGAAAAGAUGUCCAUUUAAUCAUGCAACUCAAUUUAGACCAAGUUUGUUCCCUAAUCAAAUUGAAUCAAGUUUAAGAGGAAAUAAUAGCGGAGGAAGCAUGAAUAAUAGUAUUGGAAGCGGUUGUCCUGUUUUGUCCAUGAGUAAUGAGUACAAGACUCAUACGUCAAGUCCAUUAAGCACAACAUUCACUACACCAUCAGUGCCUACUCAACAAUCAGUGCACCAGCCUCUACUUGCUCAACAAUCAGUGCGCCAGCCUCUACUUGCUCAACAAUCAGGGCACCAGCCUCUACUUGCUCAACAAUCAGGGCACCAGCCUCUACUUGCUCAACAAUCAGGGCACCAGCCUCUACUUGCUCAACAAUCAGGGCACCAGCCUCUACUUGCUCAACAAUCAGGGCACCAGCCUCUACCUACUCAACAAUCAGGGCACCAGCCUUUACCUACUCAACAAUCAGGGCACCAGCCUCUACCUACUCAACAAUCAGUGCACCAGCCUCUACCUCAUACCAUGACUGAUGAAGCUCUGGAUACAAUAAAACCGAUGGACGAGGUAUUUAUGAGUGGAGGUAAUCCUCCAAUGGGAAUUCCAACUGACUUUGAUCCCAGUGUCAAUGGUAAUCCCAAUGGCAUGUUUGAUAGCCAUUUUGACAUGCUAAGUCAAUUUAGUGAUUUUGAUUUUGAAUUUUUGAAUAGCGAUAAUUUGUUUGAACAUUUCGGCAGGAAUGUAUCUACUGAUAAUGGCACAACUGCUAUGGGAGCUAUAAAGAAUGUCGAAAUCAAUAAUUUCGGAAACUUGAACGGCCAAGCUGAGAAUAUUGAAGAUUUCUUUCAGUAA